ACAACAUCAUCAGCAGUAGCAGCAUCAACAGGAACAUCACCACCAGGAGUGGUUGCAGCAGCAGCAGCAGCAGCAGUAGCACCACCACCACCACCAGCAGCAGCAGCAGCAGCAGCAGUAGUAGUAUGUCCUGCACCGCGCUGCUUGGACACACAGCGAUGGGGCGGCUUGGAUUAGCAGUCGCUGUUAUCGUCUGCCUAGCCGCGACUACGUGCUUCUCAACAGCAGCAGCAGCAGCCGAAGACGGAGACGGACGCAUGCGCUUGUACGACGACGGCAUCAACAGCGACAUCUCCGGCCUUCUCUGGCGAAUCAAGCAGCAGCAGAAGCGCCCCCUGGACGCGGACCCGGCGCCGGCAGAGGGCGUUCGCUACUGGUGGAUGGACAAGCGAUUCACGCGUCCUAUGCGCUACCAUCACUUUUACUACGGCGGCGAGUUCCGGCCAGGCUACGGCGAUCCCUACGCUCAGCUCGACCGCAGCGCAGGAUUCAUUCCGGCGGCGAUCGACGACGACGACGACGACGACGACGUCAGCGGACGCGUCGUCGGCGACACGCUCGAUAAGAAGACGCUCUUCGGUCGGUCGCGCAACUCCAGAGGGCGCGGGCGAGGCCAGGGCACCGUGCUCGACCCGGCCUGGAGCUGGGCGGGGCUCGGCAGGAGAAGGCGGAGGUAG